AUGCGGGACGAGGAGCAACCCGUGCCGGUGCAAGGUGGUGGGACCGACGGUGGGGUUUCUGGCGUUCGCGGCGGCGGCGGUGGUGGAGUGGCCGCUGGGGGCGUUCGUCUACAUAUUCAGGCACCGGAAAGGGAGGAGGAUCAUGGCCCAUCCGGCCACCGUCGUUUACCCUUCCGUCACCAAUGCCAUCCCCAUCUGAUCUGGAUGAGUGAUUUUAUUAACCACAUAUGUAAUAGUAGUAGUAACUACGAAUGUGAUCGACUACGCGCUGUGCUUAAUUUGGUUUCCGUUGUUGCUUUUGUUUAA